AUGGCGUGGGAAGCGCGCUCCAACCAGCAAGGCUACACGUACUAUGUCAACACAGAGACAGGAGUGAUGCAGUGGGCCCCGCCCCCCUCGCCCCCCCUCGCGACUGAGGCCAUUGAGAUUGUGGAUGACGUCGCGCCAUUCGACAGCGACUCGAGUUGCAGCGAAGCAGAAAACAUCGAGGACGACGACGACGGUGAUGAUGACGAGGAUGAGGAUGAUGAUCGAUGCGAGACGCUUCUCAACUCGCGAGACCUCGACGAGACGCUGGGCUUGCCCCGCCUUGUGCAGACAAGUGUCUACCGCGCGCUAACCUGGGUUGUGUGGGAAGUCUGGCAAAGCCACCGCGAACUCAGUGCGUACCUCACCCGAGCCACCCAGCGACUGCUUCACGGCUUGUCGCCAGCGUUUCUUCGGCCGUCCCGCGCGAUGCUCGUGCAUCCACAUGCUAUUCCGACUUCGUUCAUUCCAGCAUCAUCCCCGAAGAGCGCGGUUGUGAGCGAUGACGUUGCGUCCAGCGACGACAUGGCCUAACCCGAGCACGCUGAU